AUGGGAAAACUUCACUCCAAACUUUCCUCAAAAUGUAGACAGAGCCCUGAAGGUGGUGUUCUUGCCUCCAAUUUGUUGAACAGCCAGAGAGAGGUGGAACGCAUUCCUAAAAGCAAUAAGGAAAAGAUCUCAAUAAAUGUGCACAGGGAUUUACAGAGCAAGGAUGACCUACUGAAAGUUUCUCUGCCGCCAGAGCAAAGGCUUGAGAAGAGUAAGAAUCUAAAUGAUGAAAACACCCGUUCAACUGAGGUGAUGUUCACCUUGUGCAAUGAAAGUAGCAAUUCCAGCAAAGAGGAGAUGUCCAACUUCUUGGAUGGUGUUUGUCAAGCUAUUGAUGCUUCAAUGAAACCAUAUGCAGACAGCACAACACUGAAACUCAAGAUCGUCAUAAGUUCUUCCGAUGAUCAAGAGCGAGGUUCUCUUGUUGAGAAGUCACAGAAACACCUGUACUGUGCAGGGGAAAAUAUUGAACGCAGAAACCAUUACCUGGAUCUUGCUGGAAUUGAAAAUUUCAACUCCAAGUUUGAAGAUGAAGAAUCUACCCGACAGAAACAUAACUCUCAUCAGCACCAUUUUAUGGGAACGACAAAUCACUACAAUCAAAAAGAGCCUCAAUAUGUUUCUACAUUUAACUCUCAGAGGACUAGACCCGUGUGGAAAGGGGAAAAUUCCAGCAGACUGCCAGGGUGUCACCCCACACCUCUGUGUCGUCAUCAGUCCUCCAGCUUCAAGCUCCAUCGAUCCCAAAGCAAAAGGCUGCGUCCCCACGAUCUCUCUUUGCCUCGCAGACCGGCCUGCUGCUAUCACAAGAGCUGCCACAACCACGAGGCUCCUCUUCAGUCCUCCUCAUGCUCUCCUUCGCUGAGACACGACCACCACCACCUGCACGAGCAUCAUCACCACCACCAUCACCACUACCAUGCUGCAUGA